GUUUCAUGGCGACUACUUUCAGAUAUUUAGGGGCCCAAGCUAUUGACGGAAAUAUCAAAGCCAAAAUGAGUGUUGUUGGGUUUGAUUUUGGGAACGAGAAUUGCAUUGUUGCUGUUGCUAGGCAGAGAGGGAUUGAUGUUGUACUCAAUGACGAGUCGAAGCGUGAGACGCCGGCUGUCGUAUGCUUUGGUGAUAAACAGCGGUUCAUUGGAACUGCCGGGGCUGCUUCAACCAUGAUGAACCCUAAAAGUUCAGUAUCCCAAAUCAAACGCUUAAUUGGUCGCCAAUUCUCUGACCCCGAGCUGCAAAGGGAUUUAAAGUCUCUACCUUUUACUGUCACUGAAGGUCCUGAUGGGUAUCCUUUAAUCCACGCUCGGUAUUUGGGAGAGAUGAGAACUUUCACCCCAACUCAGGUCAUGGGAAUGGUGUUGUCAAAUUUGAAAAGCAUCGCUGAGAAUAACUUGAAUGCAGCAGUGGUGGAUUGCUGUAUUGGGAUUCCUGUUUAUUUCACCGAUCUCCAGAGAAGGGCUGUUCUGGACGCUGCCACAAUUGCGGGAUUGCACCCGUUGCACUUGAUUAAUGAGACAACAGCCACAGCUUUGGCCUAUGGAAUCUACAAGACAGAUUUGCCAGAGAAUGACCUGUUGAAUGUUGCGUUCAUCGACAUUGGACACGCAAGCAUGCAAGUGUGCAUUGCAGGCUUUAAGAAGGGACAACUUAAAGUUUUGUCUCAUGCUUUCGAUCGCUCGUUGGGUGGAAGAGAUUUUGAUGAAGUUCUUUUUCACCACUUUGCUGCUAAGUUCAAGGAGGAGUACAAGAUUGAUGUUUUCCAGAAUGCCAGGGCUUGUCUCCGGCUCCGUACUACCUGUGAGAAGCUGAAAAAGGUUCUAAGCGCAAAUCCUGUGGCACCUUUGAAUAUUGAGUGCUUGAUGGAUGAGAAAGACGUUAAGGGUGUCAUAAAGAGAGAAGAGUUUGAGCAGAUCAGCAUUCCGAUCCUUGAGCGUGUUAAGAGGCCUCUAGAAAAUGCCCUUUCUGAUGCAGGCCUCACGGUUGAGAAUGUACACAUGGUUGAGGUCGUUGGUUCUGGGUCUCGUGUUCCAGCUAUAAUCAAAAUCCUGACCGAGUUCUUUGGUAAGGAGCCUAGACGCACAAUGAAUGCAAGUGAGUGUGUUGCAAGAGGCUGCGCCUUGCAGUGUGCAAUUCUCAGUCCGACGUUCAAAGUUCGAGAGUUCCAGGUUCACGAGAGCUUCCCCUUCUCAAUCGCAUUAUCGUGGAAAGGAUCAUCUCCUGAUACUGAAAAUGGAGGAUCUGAGAAUGAGCAUAGCACUGUUGUUUUCCCCAAGGGAAAUCCCAUUCCCAGUGUCAAGGCUCUUACGUUUUAUCGGUCUGGCACCUUUUCUGUUGAUGUGCAGUAUGCUGAUGUGAGUGGCUUGCAGGCGCCUGCAAAAAUCAGCACAUAUACGAUUGGUCCCUUCCAGUCAGCCAAAGCUGAGAGGGCAAAGCUUAAAGUGAAAGCGCGAUUGAACCUUCACGGAAUUGUCUCGGUUGAAUCUGCAACUCUUCUGGAAGAGGAAGAAGUUGAAGUUCCUGUCACAAAAGAAUCGGAAGAAGCUACUAAGAUGGACACUGAUAAAGCUCCUGUGGAUACUGUUCCUGCUUCUGGCGAACAUGAUGUUAACAUGCAGGAUGCUAAGGAGCCUGGUGAUGCACCCGGUGCUGAAAAUGGUGUUCAGGAGUCUGCCAGUAAGCCUGUGCAUAUUGAAACUGACACGAAGGUCGAGGCCCCAAAGAAGAAGGUGAAGAAAACAACCAUCCCCGUGUCAGAAUUGGUUUACGGUGCUUUGCAGUCAGUGGAUGUGCAGAAGGCCGUUGAGAAAGAAUUUGAGAUGGCUUUGCAAGACAGAGUUAUGGAGGAGACGAAAGACCGCAAAAAUGCUGUUGAAGCUUAUGUUUAUGACAUGCGUAACAAACUUAGUGAUAAAUACCAGGAAUAUAUCACCGAUUCAGAUCGGGAAGCGUUCUUGGCCAAGCUGCAGGAGGUGGAAGAUUGGUUGUAUGAAGAUGGAGAAGAUGAGACAAAAGGUGUUUAUGUUGCCAAGCUGGAGGAGCUCAAGAAGGUCGGUGACCCUGUGGAAGUGCGAUACAAGGAAUUCAUGGAGAGAGGUACUGUGAUCGAUCAGCUUGUCUAUGGCAUUAACAGCUACAGAGAGGCGGCUAUGUCUAAUGAUCCCAAGUUUGACCACAUCGACUUGGCUGAAAAGCAGAAGGUUCUGAACGAGUGUGUGGAAGUGGAAGCCUGGAUGCGGGAAAAGAAACAGCAGCAAGACAUGCUUCCAAAGUAUACCUCCCCGGUUCUGUUGUCAGCUGAUGUUAGGCAGAAGGCUGAGGCUCUGGACAGGUUCUGCAGGCCCAUAAUGAUGAAACCAAAGCCGGUGAAACCAACCACCCCAGAGACACCGCCGGCCCAGACAGGUGAUGAUGCCAACACAAACACAACUACUGGGGAAUCAUCAACAGAAGGAAAGAGCGAAGAACAGGAUUCAUCUGGGGAACGCAUGGAGACAGACAGACAAAACACUAGUCCUCCUCCUUCAGGUACGGCCUAAACGUACUUGUGAGAGGCAAACAGGAGAGGAGAGUGGGACCUGCUGGCUGGUUUUUGUAUCGAGUUUGGCUUAAGUUGUCCUUUGGUGAAGCCUUUGUUUCCCGGUUUCACUGCCCUGCGGUAUUUUAUUAUAGUAUCCUUUUGAUGAAGGCAUUAGAAGUGACUCUUCUUUUCUUUGGAGCACGAAGAAGAUUGUUUUGAUUGUUAAUGGUAAUGCGGAUUGGUCAUCUCAGCUGAGGUUCCUCAAUCCUUUUUCA